UCUUCCUGCUCUUGUCUCUCUGCUGUCCCAGAUCCAAUGGAGAAGACAGGCAGGCAGCACCUGCUGGAAGCCCUGAAGGAGUUGGGGGGCCGGGAGCUGAAGGAGUUAAGGGCCAAGAUCAGUCAGGUCUGGCUGAAGAGGGGGCUGGAGGGCUGGGGGCUGCUGAGGGGAGCAAAGCCCUUCCACCCCUCUCUAUGGCUGACGGUGGAUGCUGGGCUGGAGGUGACGGUGGAGGGGCUGAGAGCUGUGAACCGGGGUGAUCUGGCAGAGGAAUUGGCUGCAUUGCUGGACGCUUAUGAGGAGCAGCGCCGGGAGCAACGAUCAGCCACCUCCAGAGCCAGAGAUUGCCUGCUCUGCACCUUGAAUGAGCUGGGGGAGGACGAGCUUGGGAGGUUCAAGGUCAAGCUGGCUGACAUGGGACUGAAAGGGGGUUACAACCCCAUCCCUUGGGGCCGGCUGGGGAAAGCGAAGCCUGCAGAGGUCGCCACGGAGCUGAUCAACCACUACGGGGUGCGUUGUGGCUUGGAGAUGGCUGGGGAAGUGCUCAGGGCUAUCAGACGGGGGGAGCUGGCAGGGGGACUGGCCGAGGCUCUGGAGACUUACGAGGAGCGAUGCAGGGAGCAGAGACUGGCCCUCUGCAGAGUGAGAGAGAUGCAGGCACGAACAGUGGGCAGCUUGGGCGAGGAGGAUCUCAGGAGGAUCCAGGAGAGAGCGACUGAGACCCAUCCACAGGGAGGCCCUACGGUUAACCCCUGGGGAGGGCAGGAGAGAGCAGAGGUCAUGGAGCUGAUUGAGGAGCUGGUCAGCACCUAUGGAGAAGGCCAUGCUGUGUGGAUGACCCAGGAGAUGCUGAGAGCCGUGAGCCAGGGACCCCUGGCUGAGCGACUGGCUGAGGCCACCGGGAUAGCAGGAGAUGGACCCAGUGGGGAGGACCUCACCACGGACCCCUCGGGGAAGCAGAAGAAAUGCACAUGGUGUGUGACAGAGGAGGACCUGCCAGAAGUGACACCAGAGCUUGUGCUAGAGUCCGAGGGGAAGCCCAGAUCCUACAGGGUUCACCUCCCAGGGCCAGGCUCCUUCCGCUGCUCUGAAACCGAACUGGGGUUUGAGGUGAGGGCAGCUGUGACCAUCCAGUAUGGAUACGGCUCCUGGGAUCGGCAUCUGAGCGCAGCUGAGAAGCAGCAAUGGAUGGUGGCCGGCCCUUUGUUCAACAUCCAGGUGGAACUGGCUGAGGCUGUGGCAGCCGUUCACCUCCCGCACUUCCUGUGCCUCGCAGGUACAGCAAACAAGAGCAGCAGAGAUGCUGUUCUGCCCCAGAUGCGAAUCGCUCACUUCGUUGACGGGAGGAUGACUCUGGAGGAGCCAACACAGGUGAGGCCGUUCCAUGCCGUGCUGGAGAACCCCAGUUUCUCCUUCAUUGGGGUGCUGUGGAAACCCAUCUAUGCUGUGUUUCCGUUCAUACCCAUCCACUCCGUGGUGCUGAUCUACCAGGUAGUCAAGGCUGCAGCCAUCACCCUCCACCUCUACCUGAUCCCCAAUGACCGCUCGCUCAUACAGGCAGUGGAAGAAGAGGAGAAAAAGCACCAGUCCAUACAGGUGCUCAAGCCCCCUCAGACGAAGCCCCUCUACUUUGGCUCUUGUUACACUGUGUCCAGUUCGCUGGACUUGGAGGUAACCCCCGAGAGAAGCAAUGAAAUCUCUGGGGGACAUGAAUUCUGCACUCACACAUUUCAUUGCCUGGGAAAAUCUGAAUUUCAGCAUUUCUUACCAAUUCAGCACAUUUCGAAAUCGCAUUUCCCACUACAUGGAAAUUCUGGUUCCUGCGGAGCUCUGCCUGCUGCAUCCCACAUGGAAGUGGACUUUUGCUACAUGAGUCCAGAGGACCAGCAGUCGUUCAUGGAAAUCUACACCAAGGACAUGAGGGAGGGACUCAAACUCAUCGUACUGAUGAAACGCUACGGGGAAGUUGUCUGGAAGGUCUUGGUAAGACCAGAGGACGUGAUGCUUUCGGGUUCAUCCUCUGAAAAGUUCAAGGGGCUUCGCAAACUGCUCCCUGAACUGAAACAAGAGUUUAUUGGACUAUGCAGCCAGAGAGAGCGCAGGGUGUUGCCAUCAGCUGCCUGGAGCUCACUGGCACGGCCUGUGGAUGAGGAAGCAGAGGGAGAGCCAGGCAGUGGUGCUACACUCAGGACAGUGGCUAACGAGCACAGUGACUGGCCAGCAAAGGUGUCGAGUGGGGGCUCCUGGGAAGUGAUCCAGUGUCUGAGAAGCGAGUUAACGACAAUCCUCCAGAGCGAUGCAGAGACUGUGGUCAGCGCUGCCGACGCCCACCUCCUCCUCACGCAGGGAGAGUACCUCGCCCUGAACCGGCUGGAGGAUCCGGAGAUCAGGGUCGCCACAUUGAUUGAUAUGGUGCUGGCCAAGGGGGACCAGGCCCAUCAGCUGUUCCUGGACUGUCUGAGAAACCUGUUCUUCACCUUCCCUGCCCUGGAGCCUAUUGUCACGGGGUUACAAACCAGCUUCCAAGAAGAUGUGGCUAUCCCCAGGCCUGGAGCACAGAUAGGAAGUUCAGUCAGUGCUGAAGGAGAACAUUUUGUGGACCGGCACCGAGCAGAGCUGAUUCAACGGGUCUCUAUGGUGGAUGGGGUCCUGGACAUGCUGUGUGGCACUGUGCUGGAUAACGAGCAGUACCAGAGCAUCCGAGCCGAGAGAAGCAACCCGGAGAAGAUGCGGAAGCUGUACGAGCUCAUGCCGAGCUGGAACCGGGUCUGCAAGGACCGGCUCUACCAGGUGCUGAAGUCCAAGCACAAGUUCCUCAUUGAAGAGCUUGAAGGGAAAUGAUCGCAAUAAACUGUCCCUCCUCCUGGAGCGACUGUGCCUAGAGUCCAUUCCAUGGCACUCAGGAGUCCAGCUCUGGUUCUUCUCGCUCUUCACCCAGGAUCCAUUGUGGUGAGGGUCCGGAAUCUGGUUCUGGUCCUUCAAUCUGUCAAUCAGUGCUUGUCUGGUCUUUAUCCUCCCCACUAUGCACAUCCUCUAUCAUCGUCAUAGCUGGGUCUCCAACAGGGGGCUCCAUCCAUGCCCCUCCCUCUGGCCUCUGCUCAGGCUGAACCUGGGUGGAGAGUCCAUCAAAGGCCCCAGUUCCCUGCUCACUUUCCGAAAGCAAUGGCGCUGGAGCACCAUCUCCGUUCUCUGGCUGGCUUUGCUCCUGACUGCCAACCCCGGAGCCCUCAGCUCCUGCCCUGCCCUUGUGGCUGGCUCUGACACCGCAGCCUCACACUGCCCCUUAGCAUCCGUCUGGGGCAACCUUCCCCUACCACUGCCUGGAGCACAGACUCCUCCCUGACUCUGCAGCCAGGGUCCCCAGCACAGACACAGAUUUUAUCUAUGGGUCUCAAUGCACUGAACUCUUGGAAAGUAAAUAGCAUUACGUAUCUGUAAUAGGCCUCGCUUGGGAGGAGGGCUGGUUGGUAGGGUAGCAUCACCAAGUGAUCAGGGCUUAGGCCCAAGACCUUUAGGAAGUUGUUGGUAAAGGAGCCUGGUCUCUCCGACUCCAGCAGGCUCAGACUCAAGCAGGGCCGUCCUUAGGAUUUAUGGUGCCCUAGGCGGAAUUAUUAAACUGGUGCCCCUGUGUCUGUCUUGC